AUGUCUGAAUAUAAUUUCCAGACUUUGAAAAUAACUCUGCCUACACAAUUUGUGAUUCACGUAGAAUUGAAUAGACCCCAAAAACUAAACGCAUUUAACCAAACUUUGUGGAAGGAGUUGGGAGAAUGUUUUGCGAGGAUCGGAGCAGAUUCCGCGAUCAGGGCUGUCGUGAUUUCGGGAGCAGGGAAACUUUUCACCGCCGGAAUUGACUUCGCGUAUUUAGAAGGGGUUGUUAAAGUGAAUGAGGAAGACAUUGCUCGGAAGAUGGUUCAUGUGCGUCGCUGGCUUAAAUUGUGUCAAGACUCAAUAUCCAUAAUAGAAACUUGUGAUAAGCCUGUUAUAGCCGCGAUCCAUAAUGGUUGCAUAGGUGCCGGAAUUAAUCUAGUUACAGCUUGUGAUAUUAGAUAUUGCUCGCAGGAUGCAUAUUUCAGUGUCAAGGAGGUUGAUAUUGGAUUGGCAGCCGACGUGGGGGUAUUGCAACGUUUACCAAAAAUUGUGGGUAAUGACAGCCUCGUCAGAGAAUUAUGCCUCACGGGUCGCAACUGUUUCGCCGCCGAAGCUUUUAAUUUUGGCUUGGUUAACAAAGUUCUACAAACUAAAGAGGAAGCAUUGGCGGAGGCCAUUAAAACGGCGGAGAUUAUUGCAUCUAAAUCACCAGUAGCAACUCUCGGAACAAAGCACCUUUUAAACUAUUCUCGUGACCAUUCCGUUCGAGAAGCGCUCGAAUAUACUUUAGCAUGGAAUGGGGCAAUGCUCAAUAGCGAGGAUGUAAUUAAAGCUUAUAGCGCUGCCAAGAAAAAGGUGAAACCAACUUUUUCGAAGUUGUGA